AUGACAGAAUCAUACCCCCCUCCCAGCUAUAGCCGGGAUUACUACAACUCUUUCUUACCACCAUACUAUCCGUCUUCAACAGGCACUUACACGACCACGCCCCCGGCGGAAUCCUUUUCAUCAGACCAAUCCGCCUACAACACACAGUACCAGUACCCCUACGCCAACCAGUUCUCCCAGUUUUCCCCAGAAGCAUCGAAAAACCUCACCGAGGCAUACACAUAUACCGCCACUCCUCAGCUCUACACAUACGCCUACCUCCCCUCUCAACCUCUCUACCUCGACCAACAGUCCCCCUUGCCCUGGACAGGGGCAACCCUGCACCCCAGCACAGAGACCCAGCAUAUAAACCUUCAAGCUCCCACAGCACCAGCCUCGAAAUCAACAUCCCCGCUCGGUAACCACCCCCAAUCAGACACCAUCAAACGACAACGCUACCUCCACAAGAACCGCGUGGCGGCCACAAAAUGCCGCUCCAAGAAAAAGCAGUACAUCCAGCAAUUGCAAUCCCGCUUCGAGGACCUAGCACUUGCGAAACGCGAGCUGCAGUACCAGGUGCAGAGUCUGCGGGAUGGGUUGAUCUCGCUUAAGGAGGAGCUGGUGCGGCAUGCGCGGUGUGGCGAUGGGCCGAUUACGAGUUAUAUUGAGAAGAGGAGGGCGGGGUGUGCCUGA